GUGCGAGUCGGGGGUACCCACCCCGCAGCUCACCAGCUCCCCAAGCCCAGGAGCAGCUCGUCGUCCACUCGGGAAGGGCGCAGCAUGCCCCCUCUCCCCGGACCAUGGAGAUCUCCCCGGUGCCCCUGGAGAACGGAAGUGCCAUGACCAUCCGAGGCACAGCUGCAGGUGGGGCGCGAGCUGACACUGCCCAGCCUAGAGCUGGGGCGCUCCAGGGCUCUUUGGGGCGCUGCGAGCGAGCGCAACAGGCCGCCGAGACACCAGGGCGCGGCACUCGGAGGGGCCCGGAUCCGGGGGCGCGCCCUUUACCGCCGCUACCCAGAGAGGGACCCUUGCUGCCCAGACGCAAAGACAAGGAGGAGGAGGAGGCGGAGGAAGGAGCAGGGGACCCCGGCUUGGGGACCCCGGCCGCAGCCGAGGAGGACUUGACGAUGGGUUUGGGAUCUCUCCAUCACCAGCGGGUCCACAUCAACAUCUCGGGGCUGCGCUUCGAGACGCAACUGGGGACCCUGGCGCAGUUCCCCAACACGCUGCUGGGAGACCCCAAAAAACGCCUGCGCUACUUCGACCCGCUGCGCAACGAGUAUUUCUUCGACCGCCACCGGCCCAGCUUCGACGGCAUCCUCUACUAUUACCAAUCGGGGGGCCGGCUGCGGCGCCCCGUGAACGUCUCCCUGGACGUGUUCGCAGACGAGAUCCGCUUCUACCAACUGGGGGACGAGGCCAUGGAGCGCUUCAGGGAGGACGAGGGCUUCCUCCGGGAGGAGGAGAAACCGUUACCUCGCAACGACUUCCAGCGCCAGGUCUGGCUUAUCUUCGAGUACCCCGAAAGCUCGGGGUCCGCCCGGGCCAUCGCCAUCGUCUCCGUCUUGGUCAUCCUCAUCUCCAUCAUCACCUUCUGUUUGGAGACGCUGCCCGAGUUCAGGGACGAACGCGAACUGUACCGUUAUUCGGCCACGGUGGCGGCCCAGCAGCCUCCUGGCUCGGCCUGGGGGAGCAAUGACAGCAGCAUGGACAGCAGCAACGGGGUGAUGGCACCUCCUUCUGGCCCCACAGUCGCCCCACUCCUGCCCAGGACCCUGGCGGACCCCUUCUUCAUCGUGGAGACCACAUGCGUCGUCUGGUUCACCUUCGAGCUGCUCGUGCGCUUUUUCGCCUGCCCCAGCAAGGCUGAAUUCUCCCGCAACAUCAUGAACAUCAUCGACGUGGUGGCCAUCUUCCCUUACUUCAUCACCCUGGGCACCGAGCUGGCCGAGCAGCAGCAGCCAGGGAGUGGCCAGAAUGGGGGGCAGCAGGCCAUGUCGCUGGCCAUCCUCAGGGUCAUCCGCCUGGUGCGCGUAUUCCGCAUCUUCAAGCUCUCCAGGCACUCCAAAGGCCUCCAGAUCCUGGGCAAGACCCUGCAGGCGUCCAUGCGUGAGCUGGGCCUGCUCAUCUUCUUCCUCUUCAUCGGUGUCAUCCUCUUCUCCAGCGCCGUCUACUUCGCCGAGGCUGACAACCCAGAGACACAUUUUUCCAGCAUCCCUGACGCUUUCUGGUGGGCCGUGGUCACCAUGACCACGGUGGGCUACGGGGACAUGAGACCUAUCACCGUGGGAGGCAAGAUCGUGGGCUCACUGUGUGCCAUCGCGGGCGUCCUCACCAUCGCCCUGCCCGUGCCCGUCAUCGUGUCCAAUUUCAACUACUUCUACCACCGAGAGACCGAGCAGGAGGAACAAGCAGCUCUCAAAGAAGUGCCAGGAGGCCAGAACCAGGAAUCAGGGGUGGAGAGCGGAGGCCAGCGCAAGGCCAGCAAGGGAUCCUUUAGCAAAGCUGGAGGGUCCCGAGAGAAUGCAGAAGGAGCCCGAAGGGGCAGUCGUCCCUUGGAGAAGUGCAACCUCAAGGCCAAAAGCAAUGCAGACUUUGGAAGGUCUCUUUAUUCUCUUUGCUUAGACACCAGCCGGGAAACGGAUUUGUAAGGGUGUGUGUGGAUU